AAUGAACAUAAACUCCCCUUAAUUUUUGGUCUAGAUUUAUUAUUUAUAUUUAUAUUAAUUUAACUAAUUUAGUGACCUGCUAAGUUAUAAUUUAUUUAGUAAUUAAUUUUUGUAAUGGCUGACUUUCUUGAUGAAAGUAAUCCUUGUGGGAUCAAUCUUCUCCGUCUUGUUUCCCGUGGUAAUGCCAUUAUUGCUGAACUUCUUCGUCUUUCUGACAUGAUACCGACCGUUUUUAAACCUGAAAUUAAGACGGAGUUCAAUCGUUAUUCUGAUUUAAUAUUCGACUUCACUUAUUUUAAAAAUUUGGAAUCAAUCGAGGCAAAAAUUGACUCAACUCCAGCUCUCCGGGACAAAGACGAUGAAAUCCGUGACAACUAUAUUGAUAUUUUAAGUGAUUUUUACCUUGCCUUUGAAUCUAUACAUAGGUACAUUUUUGACCUCAACAAAUAUAUGACCGACCUGGAAGAAGGUGUUUAUAUUCAACAAACAAUGGAAACGGUUAUCGUUAAUAUGGAUGGUAAACAAUUAAUGUGCGAAGCACUUUAUCUUUGUGGUGUCAUUCUUCUAACUGUGGACCAAAAAAUUGAAGGAUCGGUGCGAGAAAGAAUGUUAGUUUCUUAUUAUCGUUACUCCGCACAACGAUCUACAUCAGAUUCAAAUAUUGAUGACGUCUGUAAUCUUCUGCGUUCAACUGGCUACUCAUCAGUAACAAAUAAAAGACCUAUCAACUAUCCGGAGGAUUUUUUCAAAAGAGUACCCAUUAAUGCUGAAUAUCUUAGCUUAGUGAUUGGUCGAUUAAGGUUUGAUGAUGUUUAUAAUCAACUAUCAUCCUACCCAUACUCUGAACAUCGAAGCUUCGCCAUGUGUAAUCAAGCUGCAAUGUUAUAUGUUAUACUCUACUUUGCGCCAGACUUUUUACACGAACAACAUGCUAAUAUGAGGGAAAUUGUGGACAAAUUUUUCUCUGAUAACUUUGUCAUCAACAUAUACAUGGGAAUCAUUGUUAACCUUAUAGAAGCUUGGGAACCUUACCGUGCAGCUAAAUCAGCCUUAAACAAUACUUUGGAAACAGCUAGUCUACGUAAACAUGCGAUCUAUCACAAGAAUCGUCUAAAUAAAUUAUUACAGCAAACUACAGAUUUACUGAAAGAAGGAUAUCUUGAUGAAGAGGUGAUCUUAGAUUCCACAUCAAAGUUAACUAAUAUUUUGAGAGAAUGUAAUGUUACUCUUCGAUGGUUAAUGCUGCAUACAUUUUCAAACCCUAAUGUGGAGACUCAUUGGACAACCUUUAAAAAGUGUAAACAAUCUCGAGAUGUGAUAAUAAGCGAAACUGGUCAUGAUCCAGUGAAAAUUUUUGAAUUGCUGAUGCAUACCUCACAAUUAGAAUUGAAAGUGAAAGAAAUUUAUAAACAAUUGCUCAAUGAAAAGCGUGAAAAAUGGGACAAAUAUCAAAGUGAAGCUGUCGAUAGGAUAUCGGAAUUAUCGGAAGUAUUUUCUGGUAGCAAGCCAUUGACCCGUAUUGAACCCAACUCUAGUCUUCAAGAAUGGUUUGGACAACUUGCAAGUCAAAUAAAAGCUCUUGAUCCAGACCAGCUGAAAAGUUCAAAUCGCAAAACUAUCCAAAUGAUCAAAGCUCUUGAUGAAAUUCAAGAUUUCCAUCAAUUAGAAGGCAGUAUACAAGUCAAGCAACACUUGAUUGAUGCUAGAAAAUUUCUGUGUUGCAUGUUGAAAACUUCAGAUGUAAAAGAGCACGUACUCAUCACUCUACAGCUCAUUGGCGAUCUCUCUUAUGCUUGGUUAAUAAUCGACUCUUUCACCAAGUAUAUGCAACAGGGUAUUCAAAAAGAUCCAACUCUAGUCAUUAAACUUCGAGCAACUUUUCUCAAGCUUGCCUCUGCUCUGGAUAUGCCCUUAUUACGGAUAAAUCAAGCAUCAAGUCCUGAUUUGGUCCCCGUCUCACAAUAUUAUUCAACUGAAUUGGUUUCAUAUGUUAGAAAAGUUCUUCACAUCAUUCCCGACUCUUUAUUUCGCCUUAUGGCGCGGAUAAUUGAAUUGCAAACAAAUCAAAUUCAAGAGCUUCCCACCCGAUUAAUGAAAGAUCAACUUCGAUCGUAUGCUUUUCUCGAAGAAAGAUAUGAAGUUGCUCAGUUAACUCAUUCCAUUUCUGUUUUUACCGAAGGAAUGCUCAUGAUGAAGACAACAUUAGUUGGUAUCAUUCAAAUCGAUCCCAAAAAGUUACUUGAAGAUGGUAUCCGUAAAGAGCUAGUAAUCCAAGUUGCCAAAGCAUUACACCAAGGAUUAGUUUUCAAUCAAAGAGUAAAACCAAGUGAACUUGUUCCCAAGUUAAGAAUUAUCUGUAACAUCAUGGAUGUCAAUUUUAUCGGUCUAACUCGUGAAAUUUUGAGAAUUACUGAUCCAAGAACCACCAUUUACGUGAACUCUUCAAGAACCUGGUAUGAUAAUAAAACACGCGCUGAAAUUGUUGAUCCCAAAUUAUUUAAACUACUUUUACAAAGUACGGGAACAGCUGGAAUCAAUGGCCUUGAUCGAUUACUUUCAUUCAUGAUUGUUAGUGAACUGGGAAAAAUUGAAUCAUUAAUCGAGAAACAGUUGCUGAAUGAAAAGUGGUGGCACGAUACUGUGAUAAAUGUUAACAACUUUUUAUCUAAAAAUGAUUGCGAUAUGCCAUCAAAUCAAGCUAAUAAGUUGCAAUCACCAAUAACUUCUAGGAAUCCAAGAACUCUGCCAAUCAUUACUGAAUCAAUAAUGAAGAUUGGACAAAUGCAAUUAAUCAAAAAUAACAUAUCUUUUGAAAUCAAGGAUAGCUGCAAUUAUCAAUCAAGGAAUUUGAGAUCUGCUUAUGAAACUCUCAACGAGGCCUUAUUAACUGAACUUAAACGAGAUCCUAAAAAAUAUUUAGCCAAGGAGGAAAGUGCUCUUGUUUACGAAUUAACCAAUUAUUUAGAAUGGUCUGGAAUAUCAGAUCCUCUUUCAAAAAUUUACAUUGGAUCUACUUUACCUCCGUACAUGGAUUUAGUUUGUCUUGUAAUUGUGAUUUUAUCAAAUCCCAAAUUAAUUUACGUUGAUAAAAUUCAUGGAUUGACUGCCAAGAAAAUAACUGAUUCAGCCGAUGGACAACCAUUUGUUACUGGAUUAUUAACUCUUUUAAGACAAUAUCGUUGUGAUAUGGUUAAACGGUUUAUAUCACUUCUAUGUCGUUAUAUUAAAUCACUAGUCGAAUCUUCAUAUCCAAGUGCCAGCAAAUUAACCGAGUUUCCGGUAGAAAUAUUCAACGAUUUAGUCAUUCUUGAAGAACUUCUGAGACUUGGUAACUUACCGAAAACUUAUGUGUCUGAAUACAUUCCUAAUUAUGUGAUGGACCAAUUCCAUUCUUUUCAUUCCACGAAUCAGUAAAAAAUCUUCAAAUCAACCAAUUUUGAAUUCCUAUUUCCAUAGUCUGUCUAUAUGCGAAAUUUUUUAUAAAAUUGCUCACAGAUACAGUUAAUUGCAAAAAUCACUGGAAAAUAAAGGUCAAUUUAAACACUGA